GCUAUGGGAUCAGUGACGCAAAGAGUGGAAAAGACCACCGAUGUCUUCGAGUAUAAAUAGUCCAAUUUGAGGCCUAAGACAGCCAGUGAAGAGUUCCGACUUCUUCUAGAUAGAGUUAUUAGAGAGAGAGUUACCAGAAGACCCCACUAAUCCCCCACCAUGAAGCUCCAUUGGCUAUUACUGGCUAUUGUCCUGAUCUGUGCCCUCCACGGCUCUAACUCGGCCACCGGCUCCUCUUCCACAGAGAGCUCCACGGAAUCAUCCACCAGCACCACCUCCUCCUCCACCGAUUCCUCCACCUCCGCCUCCUCCUCCUCCUCGUCCGACACCACGGAGGCCAGCAGCAGUAGCAGCGACACUGCCACCUCCAGCUCCUCCAGCUCCUCGUCCAGCUCCUCCAAGAAGAAAAAGUCCGCCGCCGCCAGGAGACGGGCCGCCAAGAGGCGCCAGGCUAGGAGGAAGCGCGCCGCCAAGAGGCGUCAGGCCAAGAGGCGUGCCGCCAGGCGGGCCUCCAGGGGUUAAGCGAUGCGCUAAAGGGGGCAUCCCCCUCUACUGGGGGCAUCCUCAUACCAGGUCCCAUCCUAGCAGAGUUAUUCUUUUUUUUUUUCAAACCCCACUUGUCAGAUCCUUCCAAGGAAAUAAAUCCCGCUAUGAUAUAAAAAUGCAAGAGAUCUCUUUUCUUUCGGUUCUUAGCUUCUGACCUCUGACCUCCCCAGCCGAUCCUUUGGGGGAUUAUCUUUGAGGAUUCUUUAACUUUUAGUAGAGUCUCCAAUACUUGGCGUUAAAAGCGAAGAAAACAAUUUUAUAUCCAUUUUCCCCAUUUUUUCUUAUGGAACCCCUUUCAAGAACCGGAAUCCCCGUAUGUGGCCCCUUUGGAAGGCUAUAUCUCGGCCAAUUUUUAUCCGAUCGUCAAGCGGCAUACCUUAAAAGGUUUCUAGAUCGAUUUACCAUAAAUAUGCAUCAAAAACUGUAAAUAAAAUUUUUGAUCCCAAUUUUGCCCCAAUUAUGGGCCCAAUUCCCCCCUUUCAAAUUCUGAAUCCCACAUAUAGCCACUUUGGAAGUCUAUAUCUUUGUCAAUCUUGAUCCGAUUUUCAAGAGGUAUACCUUAAAAGAUUU